AGGAUGGAACUGAAAUACGGAUAUACAUUGACUGAGGAGUUGGAAUAAGACUGAGUCCUGCUCUGUAAUUUGUAUAUACCUGGACCAUGAACUUGCUAUUUGACUUUGUGCUUUAGGAACCUUUGUAGUAAUUGUGUGAAGCUGUUGGGAAACAUGGCAUUCUCUCCAUGGAAGCUGUCCUCUCAGAAACUCGGCUUUUUUCUCGUGACUUUCGGUUUCAUUUGGGGAAUGAUGCUUCUACAUUUUACUAUUCAGCAGCAAACACAACACGAAAGCAGUUCAGUCCUGCGUGAGCAAAUUUUGGAUCUCAGCAAAAGAUACAUCAAAGCAUUAGCUGAAGAAAAUAAAAAUGUAGUUGAUGGACCUUAUGUUGGGACAGUGACAGCAUACGAUUUGAAGAAGACACUUGCUGUCUUGUUGGAUAAUAUCUUGCAACGCAUUGGGAAGCUAGAGUCCAAGGUGGAAAAUCUUGUCCUUAAUGGAACAGGAGCAAACUCUACCAACAAUACUACCACACCUGCUCCCAGCUUAGGAGCAGUUGAAAAGCUUAAUGUAGCAGAUCUCAUAAAUGGAGCCCAAGAACAGUGUGAAUUGCCUCCUAUGGAUGGUUUUCCUCACUGUGAAGGGAAAAUAAAGUGGAUGAAAGAUAUGUGGCGAUCGGAUCCCUGUUACGCAAGUUACGGUGUAGAUGGAUCCACAUGCUCCUUUUUUAUUUACCUCAGUGAGGCACUGGAUCAUUCCUGGAGGAUGAUACCCAGCUGCACAGUCCUCAUAACACUAAUUGGGCUGGAGUUUUUGAAGACUGGAAGAGACACAAAUGACCUGAAUCGCAAAAGCCAGACUUACAUGCUCUCAAAUAACAGAGCAAGACAAGGAUUAGAAGUAGCAAAAAUUGAAAAGCAAGUUAAGCUAAAUCUAAGGUUUCUGGAUG